AUGAGCUCGUCAAACAAACCCUCAGAGGCAGACGAUGUCUUGGAGUUCCUCAACUCGCUGCCAGACUCAGACAAGGCCAAAGAUGGCAAGACCGCUGCUAAGAAACAAGACGGUAAAUCUGAUGAGGACAUUUUUGAGUUUCUGGACGAAUUGGCUGCUGAGGACAAGAAGGAGAAGUCAUCACCUACUCCGGAGCCAGUUAUCGCGCCUUCAGUUUCUAAAGAUGAAACAAGCGAGGAUGUAUCUUCUACUCAAACCACGCCAGAGAAGACCGCAACGGUGCCAGCUGGUGAUGUCAGCGAUCCAAUUUCAUCGCUUACAAGUUGGUGGUCUACAAGCGGAUCUACCAGGGUUGGUUCUCAGGUAUCAUCACUAUGGGGCACGGCUCAGAGUCUAAAGCAGAGUGCACAGGAGAAGGCUGAAGAAGCAAUCAGAUUGGCCAAAGAGAAAGGUCUGGAAGAAAACGUGAGAAAGGCUUUCCAGGAAGUUGGAAUCACUGGAGUUCGCGAAGAUGGUAAGCCAAUGACAGAAGAGGAGCUGUUGAAAUUGCCUGAUGCCCACCAGGCUCUUCAGUCAUUGAACAAGGGCUUUGGUUUCUUCCAAAACAAGCUGUCUGGAGUCAUUGACAAGAUCCAGACGGAUUUCGAGAAUGCCAUUGGACCUCACGAUGAAGUCUUAGAUGUGAAACUGGUGCACGAUCUCAGGAACUACGGAAUGCUGAACAAGUAUGUGACUCACAACUUCGAAUCUGUGAUGAGUGCGCAAGUAGACGGUGAUAUCCAGGUGAAGGUGGCAGAAUCUCAGACCGUAUCGGUGAAGGAGGAAGAAUCUGAUUCCAGAUCCCUAAGUCUUUUCCAGGGAAAGAUCUCGGACGCUGAGAAACUGGUGUUUGCCAACAUCGAGAGUGUCAUCAAGAAUUCUGAAGAGACCAAGGAAAACGCAUCUGAGACGGCUCCGAAGAAGGAGUCCCGACCCAUACGAAAGUCAAACCUCUUCAUUGGUCUGCAGGCUGUUGCAGUUCAGCCAACAACAUCGUCCCCUUCGGCCUCGGAUCUGAUCACCAUCGAUGCAUACUCGGCAGGCUCGUUUUCCUUCACCACUGUCUUGAAAGAUACCACCCAUAACAUUACGAUUGUCAAUAGGUCGCAGCCCUUUCCUUUGAAAUGGGCCAAAUGGCUGGACGACUCGGAAGACAAGAAGGAGGACCAGGACUCUGCUGUUGACUCCACCGACGUGGAUCCAAGCGAUUGGGUCAUUGACUGGGUCAAUAGAGGCCUGGACAUGACGUUUGGGGUGUUGGCCCAGAGCUACAUCAUCAGAAGAAUGGGGUACUAG